AUGUCUUCUACUGCGAAUCGGCGCCUUCAAGCUGUAAGCCAGCAACUGGCCGAGGGUAUCCCGGACCCCGGCACCUUUGAGAACAUCCCUCGAAUCCGUGAAAUUGCUCCAGACUCCGUGGGCCCGAGGGUCCGGGGGAAGGUUGUAAUUGUCACUGGAGCAAAUUCCCCCCUCGGCAUCGGUCGAGCCAGCGCCCAUCAAUUCGCCCGCAAUGGCGCAAAGGCAGUCUUCCUCUGCGACUUCUCUGAUUCAUACCUUGCCGUCCACAAACGGGAACUCGAAUCGCUCUACCCGUUCGUGGACAUCCAUACACGGCAAUUUGAUGCCGGAGACGAGGAGAAAGUGAAAGCCGUGGUCGACGAAGCCAUCGAGAAAUACGGCCGUUUGGACAUUAUGUUCGCGAAUGCAGGAAUAUCUGGACCACACAAUCUAUUCACGGAAAUUACGGGAGACGAAUUCAUGCAGGUCAUGGACACGAACGCCAAAGGCCCCUUUCUCGCCGCCAAAUACGCUGCGCCAGCCAUGCAAAAAACCUCCCCUUCCAAACCCUACCCAUCCGGAAGCAUAAUCAUGACCGCCUCCAUCGCCGGCCUACGUUCCAAUGCCGGCUCAACCGUUUACUCCGCUAGCAAAGCCGCCGUGGUCUCCCUCGCACAGACGUGCGCCUACCAACUAACAGGCACAGGAGUGCGCAUCAACGCCAUCUGUCCCGGACUGAUUGCCACGGGAAUGACGAAACCCAUAUAUGACAUGGCGGAGGAGCGCGGCACGCAGCAUAAGAUUGGCCAGUUGAAUCCGAUGAAGAGGGGCGCGGUGCCGGAUGAGGUGGCGCGGGUUGCGUUAUUUUUGGGGAGCGAUGAGAGUAGUUAUGUUAACGGACAGGCAUGGGCUGUUUGUGGGGGGUUGAGUGCUGGCCAUCCGAAUUUGCCGAACAGGCUGAGCUGA